CACCCCUGGUAGGAUCGCCGUGCUCGGUCGAGCCGUCCGGUCUGCUUGCUACACUGCAAAGCUGUCCAAUGGCUUGAUGAAUCCGUGCCGCCGUCGCUUUGUGUUUCAAAGAUAAGGAUCCACGCUUAUCGGUGGGAAUUACACUCUGGGCACUUGUGUCCUGCUACUGCACUCAGCUGGUGGUUAGACUUGGUUUCUGCCCGUUGCUGUGCCAGUUUUCACCAUUGCAAAGAUUCCUUCACCUUCGUGUUAACUUCUGCAUUGCUGCAAGGAGAACGCCAAGCCGUGCCUGUUUGCACAUUCAGCCUCUGCCCGGUCUUUCACUUUAAUAUCAGUACUCAAAUUCAUAUUCCGGGCUCUCCCCCUCCCCCGCCCGUUUUCCUCUCUUCCCCUUUCAGCUGCUGUUAUUACGUGGAGUUUGGAGCCUAAGCUUUGAAAACUCCCAUGUGGCGCCUGUCUUAAGUCGGAGCAUGCUCAGUAGCCAAAACAGAUUUUGGUUGCAAAAAAGAACUGGGGCGAGGAUAGUCCGGGUAUUUGGACGUUUGCCCGAUUCCUAACAAAAUGUUCCAAUUCUGGUUUUGAUGGCAUUGGAGAAUGGAGCUGUAGGCCAGCCUGGAGGACUUGAACCAAUGAAAGAAUCUUAUGGCACUUAUGAAGAUAAAUGUCACUCCUCCCUUUUUAAUGGGAACUUCUGCUUAGAACCUGUAUAUGACUUUUCAUCUGUGAGCUGUUCUUUGAGUAGCCACUGACUUUGAGUUGCAGGAAGGUCUCUGAAGAUUUAUAUCAAAUGACGUCAAUGGCCAGCUUGUUCUCCUUUACUAGUCCAGCAGUAAAGCGAUUGUUGGGCUGGAAGCAAGGUGAUGAAGAGGAGAAAUGGGCAGAAAAGGCAGUCGAUGCUUUGGUGAAAAAGCUAAAAAAGAAAAAGGGUGCCAUGGAAGAACUGGAGAAAGCCUUGAGCAGUCCAGGACAGCCAAGCAAAUGUGUCACUAUUCCCAGAUCUUUAGAUGGACGCCUGCAGGUUUCUCACAGAAAAGGCUUACCCCAUGUUAUAUAUUGUCGUGUUUGGCGCUGGCCUGAUUUGCAGAGUCAUCACGAGCUAAAGCCGUUGGAUAUUUGUGAAUUUCCUUUUGGAUCUAAGCAAAAGGAAGUUUGUAUCAACCCAUACCACUAUAAAAGAGUGGAGAGUCCAGUCUUACCUCCAGUAUUAGUGCCUCGUCACAAUGAAUUCAAUCCACAACACAGCCUUUUGGUUCAGUUUAGAAACCUGAGCCACAACGAGCCGCACAUGCCACAAAAUGCAACGUUUCCAGAUUCUUUCCACCAGCCCAACAACACUCCUUUCCCCUUAUCUCCAAAUAGCCCUUAUCCGCCUUCCCCCGCUAGCAGCACAUAUCCCAAUUCCCCAGCAAGUUCUGGACCAGGAAGUCCAUUUCAGCUCCCAGCUGAUACUCCUCCUCCUGCCUAUAUGCCACCAGAUGAUCAAAUGGGUCAAGAUAAUUCCCAGCCCAUGGAUACAAGCAAUAACAUGAUUCCUCAGAUUAUGCCCAGUAUCUCCAGCAGAGAUGUUCAGCCUGUUGCCUAUGAGGAGCCCAAACAUUGGUGUUCAAUUGUCUACUAUGAAUUAAACAAUCGUGUUGGGGAGGCUUUUCAUGCAUCUUCUACUAGCGUGUUAGUGGAUGGAUUCACAGACCCUUCAAAUAACAAAAGUAGAUUCUGCUUGGGGCUGUUGUCAAACGUUAAUCGUAAUUCAACAAUUGAAAACACUAGACGACAUAUUGGAAAAGGUGUUCAUCUGUACUACGUUGGUGGCGAGGUGUACGCGGAGUGCCUCAGUGACAGCAGCAUAUUUGUACAGAGUAGGAACUGCAACUUUCAUCACGGCUUUCAUCCUACCACUGUCUGUAAGAUUCCCAGCAGUUGCAGCCUCAAAAUUUUUAACAAUCAAGAGUUCGCUCAGCUUCUGGCUCAGUCUGUCAACCAUGGGUUUGAGGCGGUGUAUGAGCUCACCAAAAUGUGUACCAUUCGAAUGAGUUUUGUCAAGGGCUGGGGAGCAGAAUAUCACCGGCAGGAUGUUACCAGCACCCCGUGUUGGAUUGAGAUUCAUCUUCAUGGGCCUCUUCAGUGGCUGGAUAAAGUCCUUACUCAGAUGGGUUCCCCUCUGAACCCCAUAUCUUCCGUCUCAUAGUGCAGAAGUAGUCUUUUCAAUUAUAUUAUUCGUGGACUCAUUUUAAUUUUAGGGAAACUUUUCAGUACAGAUACUGUGAGCUUACAUGGAAAACAGAUAUUACAGCUUUUUUUUUUUUCUACAUAAUUGUGACCAAUACAUUUGUAUUUUGUGACGAAUCUACAUUUGUUUGUUAUUCGUGUUCAUGUGAUUAACUCUCAAAAGUGUUGUGAAAAAUGUAAAGUAGAAGUAUUGUACCCCAAAUUCACAGGUUUGGCGUUGAUCUUAAACUGGAACAUAAUUUUGCCUUAUUGUCCCAACAACCUGUUACUUGUUCAGUUUCUUGGAAAAUUAUAAUGCGUCACAUGAUGAAAAAUUAUAAUAGAAAAAGAAAGUAUGUGGUGAAAAUUCUUCCCUUCUACUUUUAACCCUACGGGAAAUGUACUUUUUCCAGUUUCUUUGUCCUACCAGUGUUAAGAAAGUGUAGUUCGUUGUUUUCUGAAAGCAUGUGGUAGGAGCUGAAAAGAAACUAUAAAAAAAAAAAUCUUCUAUUUGAAGGAACACUAUGCACUGCUCUCACAAGUAGUGUUCAGUAAAAGCAAAGUGAUAGUUUUCUAGAUGAUGUCAUAAAAAUGUACAUUUACUACAGCUAAGUGUUUGUCAGUCUGUUGUGGCUUCAUUCAGUAUAUCUUUUGUAAAACAUUUCCUUUUUUUAAGAAAAAUUAUUGUAAACACCAGAUCUCCAGUAUAUGUCAUUUACUCCGAGUCUGUCCCGAGUACUACUUUAUAGCUAGUGCAUGCACGGCCUUGUUCAGCUUGGCUACUUUUGGCCACUGUUGCAAGAACUCUAACUUUGACAUGCAUUAAUCUUCUGUUUUGCACUUUGAUGGGUGACAGUUUUUAGUGUAACCUUUUGUGUAACACACUCAAGUGACUUGGACUUCGAUGCUCAUCCUUACUCACUUGGUACCCCUUUUGUAUUAACAAACACUGCGGUUUAUAGAUUACAGUUGUAGGAAGUUAGACUUUUUCUACCUUUUUUGUAUUUUCGACCUAGUUUAUAAGACUGUUAUUCUGUAGCUCCAAUGUAAGGUGCCUUUCUAAUUGCCUACCACUCUCUGGGUGUCACUCGUGUUGGAAAGUCACACACUCCUCCCAUUGCUCUUACUGGCGUCAGUUGCCCCUAGUAAGGAAAGGACCUGUGUGCGGUAGCCGUAAGAACCUCUUCGGUCUGACCCUGGGUUGGGGCUGCUGGUCUGGUACUUAAACGAGUAAGCAGUGGUUGUUGAGAUAGUUGAUUUUGAAAUAGUCACGUAUCAGAGAAUGCAGACUAUUCUCUCAGUUCCCACGUAUGCUCUGUUUUUUCCCAUUUAUUAGCACUUCCAUGGAUGCUAAUGUCCCAGAACACUAGUCCUCCGAGAGGAAAGACACGAAAACUCUAAAAUACCUGUUCGUUCAGUCAUGCUUGAAGGAAGGACUUUUAACCUCUCUUUCUAGAGAGCAGCCAAAUGGACACUUGGUUAUGGCAUGAGAACAAAGAUGUUAUUUUGAAAAAAAGUGACCUAAUUUACCUCUCAGAGAAAGCUAUUUUCUGGUGCCUUUUGAAAGUAUAUGGAGCCAUGUCAGUCUUCUAUUUAAAGUGCUAGUUUGGUUUGACUUUCUCUCCUUUGCCCUUUCUGCAUUUUUUGAGGAAAGGAGAAUACAGUUCUUUUUUUCUGUGACAUUAUUUAUUGCUUUUACAAAGUGCAGCCAGUGGAUGGCUUUAGUUCUGUCAGAUGAAGUGCCAUAUAUGUUUCAGCUCACAGUCCUUUGCUGGGUCAAAGGAUACUUUCUGACAGUCACCUGAGCCUUCAACAUAAGUAAGUUUUAUGUGACCUGCAUUCUUAAUCUUCCACAUUUGUGUCAGCCACAUGAAAGAGAAUUAUUUGCCUAGUGUUAGAACCUAGCUAUUUAUGUCGUUCUUUUACUUACCAGGCUUAUGGCAUUAUCUUUGGAACAAAUGUGUAGGAAGAAACCACCCAGGUUGAAUGACGGAUACGUGUAAUCAACUUCCAUGGACUUGAACUGGUGGAAACUGUUGAAUUGUUUUAUUGAUGUUUUCAAUUGAUUUAAUUAAAAAUUGUUUUUAUUCAUGUUAUGGUCUUUAGAGUUGUUGAGAUUUUAUGCGAUUGGUCUUUUCUGUCUUUUCCUUAAGGAGUUGUGUCUCAUGAAGGUCAUUACUGAAGCUAUUGACCGUUGCUUCUGUAAUUCCAGGGUGUGUCCAAAAUCUAUGGAUGGGAAGUAAAAAUUGCCAGUGAGAUCUUAAAAACUAAAAUUCUGACCAAUGAAGACACUUCUGAAAGAAACCAUUUCAGAAAAUUACAGUUUUAAAUUUUUAUUUAGACUUUGGAAUGUUUCAUGGUCAAAUUUAUGAAAACAUCACCACUAGAACAAUCAGACAUUUCAUAUUAAUAUUUGCAAGCUGAAAAGAGUAGAGCCUGGGAAUAAUAAAAUUACAACCAGGUUGGUAAAUGCAAAAAGAGAAAUAGAAUGAAAAUUCAUCUGAGUAAUGAAUUAACCCAAGAAAAAAAUAUUUGGAAAAACAAUUUAAGAGUUGCAUUUGGACCAGCGUGUUUGUAUAAUGAAGUAUUAUGGUCUGUUUGGUAUUGCCUGGCUUAUAUUUUAGAAUGUAAACUAUUAGGCAUGUUAUUGAUCUUCUGAAGCUAACACUUUUUCUUUAGAGAUUAAGACAUCAAUCAAAAUGUCAAGUAUAUACAUCAGAAUAUAAAUCAUUUUUCACAUUUUAUUAUUAUGUAAGGAACCUAUGGUAAUAGAAUUGGCUGGGUUUCUUAGUUGAAAUCCACAGUAAGAUUCCUAGGUAGUUCAGUGAGCUAUACCUAAUAGUAUAGAAAGAGGAUGUAGCUACUUGAUACUUUUCAUAACAUUUGAGAGUAAGAUAUCCUUUUAAGAUGUAAAAUGAUCAAGACGUGGUCCCAUCUGAAAUCUCUUGUCAAGAUGAGAACUGGAGCUCACAGGGAACCUGUGGGAAACAGUUCUGUCACAGUGUUCUGUUGAAGAAGAUUUGUAGAGAAUAUGAACUCCUGCCAGUAGCAGAGAACCUCCAGAAAGUCUGAUGGUAUCUGUUUAAGUACUCUAUUUCUGUUCUAGAAAACAUCUGAUAUGCCAGCUUGGAUCCAUUUCUUUAUUCUCUUUAUGGUUGUUUGCUCAGUGUUCCUUUGAAUCGUUAUCACUUCCCCACUUAAAAUGUGUUAAUGUCUUUUAUACUUACUGAAGAAGGAAGACUCUUGAUAAUUGAGCUUCCGAUGAUGACUUCAGUUUUGGAUCUGUUAACCUUUAAGAGGAUCAGAGCCCUUCUUUGUUGUAUUACUUAAAUCCUUGUUCACUCUCUCAGGUAGGAAUAUAAAUAUGUGUUCUCUUCAUACCCAUCAGCUAGAUAAGCAAGGAUCUUCUAAGAUAGUAGUUAGCAUGGUGGUUUCAGGCAUGUUUGGUGAUUUUUCUGGGAGGUAGUUUUCCUAUACAUUGGUUUGUGGGUGGUCUCUUGAGAUACUAACUAGGGCAGCUUUCUGGGGGGCAGGCUCUUAUUUGAGACCCAUUUCCUCCAGAGCAGCAGCAUUUUCCUCUUUGAUAGAGAUGGGAUUUGGGAGAGGUUUUCUUCGCACAGAAGAUGCAUGUAUGGAAAGUGAGAAUUCAAGGCAUUUCUUCUGCAUAAAGACUUUUGCCUGCUGGACAGAAGCUUGGACAGUUCUUUAGAAUUCACUGGGUUAUAGUUCAGCAUUUCCUAAUUAUGAGAGGUAACAGUGUUUAUCAAGCCUUUGUUUUAUUGGAUUAUUCACAAUAGAAACUUAACUUCUAAAAUACAACUGUGUUACAACUGAAGUGUUACCCUAAAAUUGGAUGGUUUGUAAAAACCAGUGAGAGGUAUUUUACAUAGCAAUUUUUUUUUUUAAAGUAAGAGCGUGUGAUACAAUAUUUGCUGGUAGCAAUUGCUGUUAAACAAAUGAUGGGAUGUUUGGGUGAAAACAUCCAGCCAUAGAGUAGGUUUCUUCUGUCAUUCAUGGCAGAGUGAAAAAGGUGUGCAUGGUUUUCAUCCAAAUAAUUCAAUUCUUGAAAUUGUUAGCAAUCAUUAUAAACCAUUGUCCUCUAAGGAUUUAUUUGAAGAUACUGUUAUUAAAAAGUUCAGAAUUUUGUGUACAGGUAGAUUCUUGCCCCCCAUUAAUAAGUAGUGCCUUCUUGAUACUAGCUGGUAUUAACUAUAAUAAAAGUACAGUGAGGCCAAACAAUCCCACUUUCCUUAUAAAGAAGACAUUUUUAGAGUCAGAUAUUCCUUUCUAAUAUCAUUGGAGAUAAUGUUGCUUUGAUUUAUUCACGAAGUAUUUUAUAUGUAGGGACUCUUGAAGAUAAUAGUUGGGCAAGCUAUUGUCUUCUUAAUCUGUUUGGUUAAAAUUGCAUUUUAAGGAUCACUUAUUUUAAAAUUGGAUCGGAUUGUAAUCAUGAGAACUGGAUGUAUGUGUGUACCUGCCCAUCUUCUCUUAAAAAGAUACUCAUAUGCAGAUGAUAAAGACCAAACCAGUGGCUGCAGUAUAGGUCCGCUUCUUGUUCUGCUUCUGUUUAUGUGGUAGAAAAUGAAAUUCUAGCAAUAUGCUUCAAUUCUGUUACCUUUUUGAUACUUAUAAAAAUGUAUUAGGUUUUACUAUACUGUGCUUUUUCAAAGCCAUAACUCUUAAGAACUUUGUUUUUGCAUAUUGUUUGCUAAUACUUUAUUUUAAUAAAUCUCAAAACCUG